AGGAAAACAGGAAAAUCUGAAUCUAGGUACACAGAAAAAAUAAAGAAUCAAGAAGGACCUAAGAAGAUGUGCAAAGAGGAGAUUUGAUUGAUUGAUAGUUUAUUGUUGCAGAUAAACAAGAGGAGAAGGGAAAAGAAGAAAACAGGGAAAUAAAAUAAAGAAAUGGGAAAAUAGGUCAAUCGGAAAGGAUAAAAUCGGAAAGUCUGAAUAUAGGGAGACAGAAAAGUGAAACAAUCAAGAAGGAGCCAAGAAGCUAUAAAGGAAGGAGAAGAAGAAGAGGAGGAGGAAGCAAACAUGUCCCCUGUGACAUCAAGAUCAAGGUCGAGGUCCGCCGCGUGCCCUGAAGUGCCCUGGCAGUGUUUCUCGUGGAGGAGGAGGAGCCCCUCGGCGUGCAGGCCCCCAGGCACAUGACUUUGUGUCCCAAUGUCCACCACUGGUGUUAGUGUUGAAGUGAGGCAUCGAGACAGUUGCUGUGGUCAGUACUUGUUCCGUCCCUGCUGCCGCUGACUUCAGGACUCCUUGGUGCAUCCCUCGCCUUGCCUGCUCAAUUGGUCACUGAGUGUGGCUUUGAAGCAACCUCGCCGCCUUCUCCAGCAUCUCUGAGGUUCCUCAAGGCCAGCCAACUCCUCACAUCCAGAGUAGUGUUGCAGUGGAGGCUGCAAGGCGGGACAGCAGCUGGAGUGGCUGGGAUCAGCAGGAGCAGACUGCUACUGGUGUGAGGUUCAGGAGUGAUAAAAAACACCACCAACACAACCACCAACAACAACAACAACUGCUGGCCUCUUCAUCCACAAAGGGGGAAGUUUGAAUUUCAGAAGUGUGAGAAGAUCUGAGAAUGAGAGCAAGUUUACUGACCAAAGCCAAGAGUGUGAGAAAAGACAUGAAGGGAAGGAUGACCUCAACAAAUACACCCACACACUCUGGUGUAAGACCUCAUGAAAGUCGGGAGUGUGGCAAAAGGUUUAGUAAUAGGAGUAACCCCAAACAUCACACCCUUACACACACUGGUGCAAGAAACCAUGAGUGUGAAGUUUGUGGGAAAUGUUUCAGUCAGAGGGGUCACCUCAACACACACACCCUUACACACAUCAGUGCAAGAAAUCAUGAGUGUGAAGUUUGUGGGAAAUGUUUCAGUCAGAAGGGUACCCUCAAGAAACACACCCUUACACACAGUGGUGAAAGAAAUCAUGAGUGUGAAGUUUGUGGGAAAUGUUUCAGUCAGAAGGGUACCCUCAAGAAACACACCCUUACACACAGUGGUGAAAGAAAUCAUGAGUGUGAAGUUUGUGGGAAAUGUUUCAGUCAGAAGGGUACCCUCAAAUUACACACUCUUACACACACUGGUGAAAGAAAUCAUGAGUGUGAAGUUUGUGGAAAAUGUUUCAGUCGGAAGGGUACCCUCAAAUUACACACUCUUACACACACUGGUGAAAGAAAUUAUAGGUGUGAAGUUUGUGGAAAAUGUUUCAGUCACAAGGGUACCCUCAAAUUACACACUCUUACACACACUGGUGAAAGAAAUUAUAGGUGUGAAGUUUGUGGAAAAUGUUUCAGUCGGAAGGGUAUCCUCAAGAAACACACCCUUACACACACUGGUGAAAGAAAGCAUGAGUGUGAAGUUUGUGGUAAAUGUUUCAGUCAGAAGGGUGACCUCAAAUUACACACUCUUACACACACUGGUGAAAGAAAUCAUGAGUGUGAAGUUUGUGGGAAAUGUUUCAGUCGGAAGGAUAACCUCAAAUUACACACUCUUACACACACUGAUGCAAGAAAUCAUCAGUGUGAAGUUUGUGGGAAAUGUUUCAUUAAGAAGAGUAACCUCAAAUUACACACUCUUACACACACUGGUGAAAGAAAUCAUGAGUGUGAAGUUUGUGGGAAAUGUUUCAGUCGGAAGGGUACCCUCAAAUUACACACUCUUACACACACUGGUGAAAGAAAGCAUGAGUGUGAAGUUUGUGGAAAAUGUUUCAGUCAGAAGGGUAACCUCAAAUUACACCUUGUUACACACACUGAUGCAAGAAGUCAUGAGUGUGAAGUUUGUGGGAAAAGGUUCAAACUGAAGAGUAUAUUGGACAUGCACCUCUUCAGACACUCUGGUCAUAAAGGGUUCAAGUGCGAUGUUUGUGGGAAACGUUUCAUGACUAAGGGUGAGAUUGUCAGGCACAUGAAGGUCCACUUCUCCUGAGGUGCUGUGCUGAUUCAGUUCUGCUGUGUGUGUGAGUGCAAGUGUUUGUUGUGGUGGUGUUACAGGGCUGUGUGUAGCACAGAGAACAGAAAAUAUUCAUCUGUUGGAACAAAUGGUGACUGUGACGGCAUGAUCUGUUAUUCACUUUCCACCCCAGGCUUCAUGUGGUUGGUGGGUCCUGUGAAAGGUCUGAUCUUUUUGGUGACUGUGCUGGGCUGGCUGUUGUGGCCUGGGCUUAUUGGUCAAGUGUGUGUGUGUUAAUAGUAAUAAUAUAGUGUAUUUGGUCUUACCAGCCGCUAAGCUAAAAAUGUACACAUUAUAAACACAUUGUAAAGAACAGUAGGUAGGGGUUCAGGGAUCUAACACAUCAGUGGGAGGUUGGAAUGAUAGUGGUGGGAGGGUUGAGUGCAGUGCGGUG